CUACGGUUUCAAGAAUAAACUUUUCGUACUAUUUUCGAAUUAUUGUUCCGGAUUAGAUUUACUCCCGUGUUACGUAAAUUGUUUCUUUUAUCGCCUCGAUAAAAAGAGAUCGAAUUUAAAAAUCGUAUUCCAUUGGAAGAUCCUCCGGCUAGUUUUUCUCGCGAAAAUAAAUAUCCAUCGUGGCACCUGUUCGAAUGUUUGCUUUGACCGGGAUCGAUGCCGAUAGGUUAAGUUUUAGUGGAUCGAUUUCAAGCGUGCAGACGUGACAGAUCCUGUCGUUGCAUGGCGGGUCUAUGGAAAGGAGUUUGUCUUGAACACAGGAAGACAUGUUUUUGAAAUUCUUCGCUGCUUUCCAGGCUUCUUCGAGGCACGAGUAAUCGAUCCAAAUCUACGAAGGUCGGAAUCUGUGUCGAUUGUCUCAUCGAAUACUCGCGGUGAUCCUCCCAUACCGGGGGACAAUUAUCAUCCGACAAGGAGGCGAAAGAAUAGAUCCCGAGAUAGGAGAGAAGGAUGGUCUGCGUCCGUUCUCUAGGUGAACCAGGAGUACGGAGCGCCAACAACGUGAACCAGAAGGCCGCGAGAGAGACAGAAAAUGGACCAAGUCACCACGAAGUGGGGACCUGGAUUAAAAGCAAACGAGGGCAACGUCUCGGCGACAGAGCCAUCUCUGCACCUUGAAGAGUCGAGGUCGAGCGGAAAGUCGCAGACGUUGCUGUGGUACCAGGAUCGGCGGUGGGUGAUUUUUCUAACGGGGCUUGCGGCUGUUCGAGGAGGCGAUCCUGGUUGUCCGCGCGAUUCAACGUCGGCGCCAGGCUGAGCCAGCAAAUCGGACGACGAACAACGACAAGAUGGCACCGAGAGGAGCGAUCUGUCUGCUGCUGGUAACCUUGACUAUGAGAGGGACCCAGUGCAGCACGAGGUAUUUCAUGAAGAUGAAGACGAACGCGUCCGAGUUGUUCAAGACGAGAGGCGACAGUCCGAGGGUACUUGAGGAGUCGAUCGCGGCCACGCCGAAUCCAUUGUAUGAUGCAACAAAGACUAACUUUCAGGCGGAGGCCGAGAGAAUGAUCAAGGGGUUUCCCGGCAUCGGGGAGGAGCAAAGGAACGCGUUCGAAACGUCGACGUUCAAUCCAGACGUAUUAAACAAAUUUCUCGAGGAAUACGCGAACAAAAUCAAAACCACCACCGAAAAGUACCCGAAAUAUCCGUUUAAGAUCGUCAAGCCUUCCGAGCCCCUCGCUCUCGAAGUCGACGAUCAAUCGACGUAUUCCACCAGUACAACCUACGAACAAGAAACCAAGUACGACGAGGUCGCGGCCAACACUACGCCGACUACGAAUACGUUAAACGAGGCCUCGAAUGACACCCUCAAGAGAAAUAAAUACUAUGGAUCGAAUUCGUACGAGGACAGAAACGGUUGGGUCACUCUAGAGGCGAUCCCGUGGUCGAAAAGCAAAAUCUCCAAGUGGCAGGCAACCGCUACCACGCAACGUCCCUGGCCAGAUAUGAAACCAUGGGACAAACCGGGCAUAGGAAAACCUUGGACAUCCGACUACUCCAUUAGACCAGUCAUCGAAAACAAUAAGCCAUGGUACGAGAAACCAAAACCGACAUGGACGGAAAAUAGCAACGAAAAGCCUUGGCAGAAGCCCACCUCUCGUCCCUCCUAUUACGGGGAUAAGAACGAGGAGACCCAAGCGCAAAAGUGGCCGCCAGAAAGACCAUCCUGGAACAAGUACACCGAUCGUCCUAACAGCGAAAUAAUCACCGACAAUCGUCCUGCGAAUUUCCCCGGCAAUUGGAACAGACCUCAGCCAACGAAGCCCAGUUCCAGUUACCAAUUCGUAGAUCGAUACGGUGACAAGAAUCAGGCCGAAGAGAGCAACGACUGGCACGAUUUUCCUUCGAGAUUCGACGAUCGUAUUCGACCUUCCACGGAACGACCAGGAUUCUCGCAGUAUCAGUAUGUUAACGAUCACCCGCAGACCUACCCCGGAAACAGCGACGGACAGUGGGUCCUUUUGUCGACGAAUAGAGGCUACUCCAAGUCUAGGCAGAGGUCGAUCAAGAUCGACUCGACGAACCCUCCAGGGAACGGAACGAGGAGUAUCGGCGGCCUUAGGAACGAGCACGAUCCGACGGUUGCCGUCAUGACUUCGAAGCGACAGGUCAGGCUGACGGUGUUACCGUCGAUCAACGGCACGAAUACGACAACAUCCCACGGGGGUCUUCUGGAAGUGGAGAAGACGUUCAAGAGCGUGGACCAGAGCCGAAAGGAGUACGAGUUGGAGAGACAAACCCUGUCCGCUAUACUGAAAAAGAGACCCAUCAGGAACACGCUGACCAAUCAGCCCUCUAACUCUGCUGUCCUUGCAGCCGUCAGCGCAGGGAUAUUACCAGCAACUAUGGCAAUGAUGAUACCGAUGAUACUUGGCCGUAGAAAGAGAGACCUCGCUCUGGAACCGAGACUCCCCGAUUCACGUGAUUCGAUGCUGAAUAUUCGCGCGCUCGCGAAUAAACGUCGAAUUCAAGGAACGCGGCGGGAAUAGCGAGCGUAAGUUAACCGAGAAGGAACGGGUCUCCGAUAAUUCGUGGAAAUAACUAGGACGGACAAAGAUGGACGAUCCCACAAUCGGAACGCAAAUGUAAUUAUGAAGCUGUUAUCGAUCACAAGGGAAUACGCGCGAUCAUGUGCCGUAUGUACUUGAAUUUCUCGUCGAAAAAGUCAAGUUUCGUUUAAGAAAUUAAUAAAACAUGUUAUCGAGCUAGCAAACAGCGAGUUAGGAUUUAGAAAGUGAAACUAUAGUUGGAAGGCAAACGAAAUUUACAUGGGUAAAAAGGACUUUCUUCCGAGAUGUUUAAAUUUAUCAUAUAUUUACAUGCAUAGUCAAGGUACUAUAUGUAUAGACGCAUAUCUUAUUCGUUUAUUUAUUUAUUUAUUUAUUAAUAUUUAUUUAUAACAUACUUUACAUUAUUGCCGUAUAUUUCGCCGUUCGCUUAAACACUUAAUAAAAAGUAGCAGAACAAGAAAUAAUAUCGAAAUAAAAUAGAACUUUUCGCCAGUUAUUUCUCGAACCUUUACAACUUUGCCGACAUUCGGUUACCGAAAAAACGUCGAGUGCAUUUUUGUACUCUCGUCGAAUCGAGAUGCACUCCAUGCGAGAAAUCCUAUUCUCUAAUAUCCGUGAUUAAAGCCUAUCGUUCUCGUUAUCUCGUUAUCCGAGUAGCACCCACUUGUAUCAACUAAUUCCUUAUUAAUUAUUCCGUAAAAGAGAGAUAGACGAGUGUCUCGAUAGAUGCAGCUUAUUCGUGAACAACGAUGUUUGAAGAUAGUGAAAUACGACAAGAUCGAAUAAUACACAGCCCAAACAAAGGUAAGUACAAGUUGAUCGGAUGCAUAGAAAACACGCGAGGAAUAUUCUGUCAUCUGUAAAGCGAAACAGUAACGGAAACUCGUAAUCGUCACUUCGGUCCUUUGU